AUGUCCAACACCGAUCGUAUGCAGGAAAAAGAGCACGAAGGCAAGCAGAAAAGCAGCACAGCAGGGGGCACAGCAAAAACAGCACGAAACGUCCCCCUCCCCUCAUACAACUCACCAGCUUGCGAGAACGACGGAUCAGGAGGUGAAUGUCGAAUACCGAAUACCGAGAACGACACUGGGCGCUACACACAGACGAACGUGCCUAACGCCCAUAUCGUGAAAUCACGGGACCCUGGUUUUGCGGCACACAGCAAGAAACAAGGGAGGAUAUACAAGGUUGUGAGCAGCACCGUCCAGUUUAAAGAAAAUCCAAGCCAUGACUCGACGGUCCCCAAGGCCAGAAUCGUUUGA